AUGGAUUCGCCUCGUAUAUCACUCAACUACAACUUACCAAAAAGACCAUACAUAGACCAACCGCCUCGUAACUAUGCCUCUGCCGACCCAGUUUCCCUCUAUGUAAAUGCUCUGUCUUCAUCAGAGACCUUGCUACCCUACGACUUUUAUCACCCCAGACUCCAUUUUUGUCGUCCAGAUGAAAUCAAGAGUCAACCUGAAAGUCUGGGAUCCAUUCUCUUUGGUGACAGAUUAGUCAAUUCUAGAUUCGAGCUGGCAAUGUUGAAGAAUGCCACCUGCAAAUCAUUAUGUGACAAGAUAUCUGUCCCAAAGGAUGACGCUGGCUUUAUUAAUGAUCGUAUUCGAGAAGAAUAUACAAUGAGUUGGUUUGUUGACGGACUACCUGCCGCUCAAAUCAAAAUUGACGACAAGACUGCCACUCAAUUCUAUCAAAUCGGCUUCAAAAUGGGCAGGAUCAACCCUACAGAUCCAGCAAACCCAAAAUUAUACUUGCACAAUCACUAUGAUAUCUUCGUAUACUACCACCAACAGGACAAGACCGAAGGUGAUGCGGCAUACCGUAUCGUUGGCCUAGUAGUAGAACCCUAUAGUGUCGCUGAGGGCAAAGAAAACCAAAACUGUCACUAUCUCGGAUACACUGAAGAGAAGAUGCUUCAUUUGAGUGAUACAAAGGAUACAAAUGUCCAUUAUACUUACAACACUUACUGGAUUGCAUCCAAGACUACUUGGGGUACUCGAUGGGACAUGUACUUGUAUGUCACUGAUCCUCAGAUCCACUGGUUUAGCAUCAUCAACUCAAUCGUCAUUGUAUUAAUGUUAUCGGGCAUGAUUGCCAUGAUUCUCUUACGAGCUCUACACAAGGAUAUCGCUCGAUACAACUCAUUGGCAGAUGAAGAUGGUGGACAGGAGGACUUUGGUUGGAAGUUGGUUCACGCUGACGUGUUUAGGCCACCAUACCAAAGAAUGCUCUUGGCCGUACUAGUAGGCAAUGGUUCUCAAUUGUUGUGUAUGACUGCAGUGACGCUAGUCUUUGCUGUUUUGGGCUUCUUGUCACCUUCAAGCCGAGGAUCACUCACCACAGUCAUGCUCAUCUUCUACGUCACCUUUGGAUCAGCAGCUGGUUAUGUCUCUGCCCGUGUCUACAAAAUGUUGGGUGGUGAAGCAUGGAGGCUCCUAGUAGUCCUAACAGCCUUUCUAGUCCCAGGAGUAAUCUUUGCACUCUUCUUAACUCUCAACUUCUUCCUGUGGGGUGCACAAUCAUCUUCAGCUGUACCCUUUGGAACUAUGUUUGCAUUGAUUGUCAUGUGGUUUUUGGUGUCUGCACCAUUAACCUUUGUCGGUGCCUUCUUUGGAUUCCGUCAUCCAAUUAUUGACUUCCCUUGCAAAACGAAUCAAAUUCCACGACAAAUCCCACCUCAGCCUCUUUAUCUUAAUCGAUGGGUUGCAGCCUUGAUUGGUGGUAUAUUGCCAUUCGGUGCUAUAUUUAUUGAACUCUUCUUCAUCAUGUAUUCGUUCUGGUUCCACCGAAUCUAUUAUGUCUUUGGUUUCCUGGCUCUUGUGUUCUUGAUCCUGAUUAUAACUUGCAGUGAAGUCUCUAUUCUGAUGUGUUACUUCCAUCUUUGUUCAGAGGACUAUUACUGGCAAUGGCGAGCAUUCCUAACAGCAGGAAUGUCGGGAGGAUACAUUUUCAUGUACAGUAUUGUCUACUUUGUCCGAAAUCUCAAGGUGGCGGAUACUCCUUCAGGGGUCCUCUACUUUGGAUGGUCAUUAAUCAUGUCGGGCGGCUUUGUUAUCAUGACAGGAACAGUGGGAUAUCUAGCUUGCUUAUACUUUACACGAAAGAUCUUUGGUUCAAUCAAGGUGGACUAA